GUCGUAUCAAAAAUAUAAACACAUGUUUUGAUUAACAGUGAAGAUAUUUAGUACUUCGAAAGACGACAGCAUGUGUGAAAUAUAAAAGACAACAAUGGACAAGAGAGAUGACUUUAACCCAUAUUAUGGGAUAGAAGAAGUUCAGUUCCGAUUUUACACAACAAAGGAUGUCAGGGCAUUGAGUGUGAAGGAAAUAACAAAUGUGGAGACCUUUGACACCCUCAACCAUCCAACAGUUGGGGGACUGUAUGAUCAGGCACUGGGCCCAUCGGAUGAGCAUGAUGUCUGUUUUACCUGUAACCAGCCAUCCUUGCAUUGCCCAGGCCAUAUGGGCCACAUGGAGCUGGCCAUGCCAGUCUUCAACCCUCUUCUCUUUAUGACCAUGCUACAGACACUACGGGCCACAUGUUUCACCUGUCACAGACUGAAUGUCGACCCGAUUGCCUGCACACUGUUCCUGGCCGAGAGCCAACUUCUCGAGGCGGGGCUUGUUGCCGAGGCCGCCAUGUUGUCAUAUAGAUUCAGCGAGGAGGAUCGCAGUGAAGAUCGUAGCCAGCAUAAACAGCUAAUUGAGGAAACUGCUAAACAAUGCCUGCAAGGAAAGGCACGAGAACAGGACAAAAACAGUCACAGUUACAAGAAUGUCGAGGCCGUCAGACAGAGCAUUUCCAGCAUCUUCACCAAAGUUCAGAUGCGCAAAAACAAGAAGUGUGCUCACUGCCUCGCCAAGAGAAAAACACUGAGACAUGAGGAUCGCUCCAAAAUUUUCCCGGUUGGAACCCUUGCUGAUGCUCCUAAGGAAACGGGAAAAACAAAGGUCACAAACAACCAGACUGGUGAUGAUCCUGAAGAUGAUGGCGAUGACGAGGAAGAGGGGGAUAACUCGGACACCGAAGAGCCCGCCAGGAAAAGGAGUAGACCAGAUGUGAUAAAAUCUAAACAGAAAGGAAGCAGCGUGUCGAACAUAAGUAUGAUCACUCCAUUGAAGUUACGGGACCAUUUCCGCAAGGUGUGGUCAGCUGACGGAGUGGUUCUACAGGAAGUCUACCCCGUACUGAAACACUCGGGCCUGGAGUUUCCGACUGACAUCUUCUUUCUGGAGGCAAUUCCUGUGCCACCUACAAAGUUCAGACCAAUCUCAGAGAUGCAUGAUCAGAAGUACGAACACUCGCAGACGUCAAACCUGCUGGCGAUACUGAAAGAUAACUCCCUGGUGCGUGACAUUCUCUGGGAGAUGGAGAAAUCCUCCGCUGACACGCAGGUCGGCCCCGGCAGCUUUUCCCGUGAACUGAACAUUAUUCCGGGGAAGACGCUGUAUGAAAAGUUGAGUGCCGCGUUGGCUCGACUACAGAUGAUGAUAAACCGGUUUCACGACAGCGAGGCUGACAAGUCACUUACUCAGGACAGCAAAAAAAAUAUUGGCAUUAAACAGGUGCUGGAGAAGAAGUCUGGUUUGUUUCGCAAGCACAUGAUGCACUUUGCAGCUCGUUCAGUUAUCUCCCCUGAUCCGAAUAUCAACACAAAUGAAAUCGGGAUUCCCCUCGUGUUUGCAAAGGUGCUCACGUACCCUCAGCCCGUCACUCCCUGGAAUGUCCAUGAACUGAGACAGGCGGUCAUCAAUGGGCCCAGCAUCUACCCUGGUGCGACCCACAUCGUCGAGGAGAAUGGGCGUGUGACCCUACUGAAAGGGAACCAGCCAAUCCAGCGCCAGGCUCUUGCUAACUCCCUCCUUACACCAAGUCAGGUCGACGUCUCCAAACCCAUCAAUGGAACAAAGAAGGUGUUGAGACAUUUAAAGAAUGGGGAUGUGUUGCUGCUAAACAGACAGCCCACGCUUCACAGGCCCAGUAUACAGGCACAUAAGAUCAGGCUCGAGUUUUGAGUGGAGGAAAAACAUUGCGUCUUCACUAUGCCAACUGCAAGGCGUACAAUGUAGACUUUGAUGGGAUGAGAUGAACGCCCAUGAACGGCAAACUAGAUCGCCAGGGCCGAAGCCUACAAUAUUGCUAUGUUAUCAUCAAAAGUAAAUCCUGGUGUACAUAAAAUCAAGACUUAUUGUCAUAAAACAGUUAAGUUACAUGUUCACAUUAAGAAGACUUGUAUAACUGGUGAUAUUUGAACAGGAACUCCAAAGUUUGGUUAGCGUUCAACAGCCUGUCUCUCUAGUCGUGAAACCUAGUCUAAGAAUUAUGAUCAAUAAGACCGGACCCUUGUAUGUAAGUUUGGCUUCGAUUAUUGUUACAAACUGUGCUAUGUAAAAUUUAAAAGGGCUGUUGCUAAUUUGGCAAGUCCAUUACCUGCCACCUUAUGUUAUAAUUGUUGCCAAUUUUUGUCCCGCACAGUGAGUACAGACUUUCAGUACCUGGUACACAAGGACGGUACGCCGCUGGCGGGACUCAUCCAGGAUCACAUGGUGUCCGGGGUUACCCUUACAAUCAGGGGCAGGUUCAUUUCAAGGACGUAAUACUGUCGAUUGGUGUAUAUGGCAUUGGUGGAUUGUCCCGGGCAACUGAAGCUCCUCCCAACGUCCAUCUUGAAGCCCCGCCCCCUGUGAUCGGGCAACCGUCAUCCUUAACAUUAACACAAUAAGGACUGUAGGGCGCGUGCUGAAAACGUACAAAGCCGAGUCAUAAGUGUAUCGGCUGCUCUAUGUGAAGGUGUGAUGUCCUGGUGAUGUAUGUUAUCAUCGAUAUUCGCCUGAGGCCACUACUUCGGGAUCGUCAGUUUGUGCUGGCUAUCGGGGAAUUUCAAUGAGAUAGCACUGACCAAGGAAAGCAACAAUACAGAGGUGGAGGAAAUUUUUCCAGGAUUUCUGUGGCCUUAUGGCUUAGUAAACUUGGCGGUUGGCCAAAUUUAUACCAUCUUUGGAAACUCCAGGUGACCAUUUUAACAAACUCGGGAGACAAAGUUUCAGGAGGGGGUACCUCUGGAUCCAGUAUCCCGCAUAAGACCUCUGCUCCUGGCCCUGUCCAGACCCGGACCCAGAGGGGUGGGGCUGACCUUGCCGUCCACAGCAGCACAGACCCCCGCCAGCCCACCGCCCAGGAUGAGGCUAAGAUGCAGGACAUACUGGCAGACCCUGAAAUCAGGGACAUCUUAGUUGAUACGAAGAUACAACAACUGUUUGAGACUAUGAGGAACGACCCUGGAAGUGCACAAAGGGAUAUCAGCUGCACAUGGGCAAGAUGGAAACGGUGAUGUUUAUUCUCCUGGGGAUUCUGUAUCAACUGAAUGCCAACGUUAUCUUAUCAGGUACAUUCAUUUAUUAUACUUGUUGCUGUAAGUUUUGAUAUGGUUGUUGGUGCCUAGUGAAUAUUUUAAAAUUUAAGUUGUUUUUUUCCCGAAACAUUGUCUUUAUAUAAUUGUGAUUCUUUUUUCGACUGAUGUCCUUUUUUAAAAUCUAUACAUGUGUAAAAGCAGCUAGUAUAGUGCGACAGAUUAGUUUUUAUCCUUCCCUAUGUUCUAAAUUUUGAAAUGUUGCUAUAUGCAGAGCCGGUUUGAUGUUAUGUUGUCAAUUGUGAAUGAAUUGUUUUUAAAAAGAAAAAGCGACGUUGGGCCGCCAAGUCAGAGUACUCAAAUGAACACUUGGAAACAAUAUGUGAUGACUUCUUCGACACAAAUGCCGCACCGGCUGCGUGUAGAAUGCUGAAAUUAAAUGUGUCAGCAAUUUUUAAUUCAUCUAAUAAUACUUUUAUUUAUUGAAUGUACAUUUUUGAAAUAUGUUGUUGUUUACGUUCAUGUAUAAUAACAUAUUAUUUGUUUAAGAACUGAGGCCAUUGUAAUAUCGAGAUUGCAAUGGUACUACCGGACAUGAAUCAAACACUGACGACCGUUGUCAUGGUGGAUAUGGGAGUCACAACUGUGAAAACUUUGAUUUAUGCCACUUAUCUGUUUGUUUUUAUCUUAUUAUUGCUUUAAAGUAUUCAACUGGUAUUGGUUGGUCAUAAUUUAUUUAAGUUUGAUUUAUUGAGCCAUUUUAUUAGUAUUUCUUUGUAAUCCGUGAUACAUUUGCAAUGUCAAAUUUUCAUUUUAGAUUCGACGUACAUAAAAGUACGAAGAUAUUGAAAAUCCACGAUCAGUCUUAACUCUAUUUCACAAGCAAUUGAACGAGUAAGGACAGUUCCAAUGACCCUUAAGCUUCAGUCUACUGGAGGGCAAAACCAUGGCAGUAAAUUCUGACCGGUCAUUACAAAGCAUUGCGCUACUCAUUGUAUUUAACCACAAACUCAAAGAUGGUUUAUUUUGUUGGUGAUGUAUCAUCACAGACGGCAUGCUUUUAAAAAGAUCAAACCCAGAACCAGAUAAUUUGUAUCGUCACAGCUGACAGGCAGAGUUUAAGGACAAUCCCGAGAGUGCCUUUCAUCUCAAGAUAUCUCAUUUGUGCGCGUCUUGCGGCUGCGAUAUGCGGAAACAGUCAUAUGAAUCACCCAGAAGGAUUCUCCAGUAAACAAACAAGAUUGAAUUCAGUGUCAAGAAGUGAUUUGAAUAUUUUAAUAUUUCAUUUUAUUUUAAGAGAACGGAAGAAUAUGUAUUUUCAUAAGUGUUUAAAACAAUUUCUAAAGUUUAUGUUUUCCACUUCUUUUUGUUGAUCUGUACUAUUGUUUGUGCAUGGCAUUGCGCUUUUUGGUUUGAAUUUGUGAGUCUGAUAAUUUAAUGUGUUUUGCAUUAUAUGACAAAGUCGUAAGAUUAAAUAAGUGUGUACUGACUUAAUAUUUACAGUAUCAAGGACACCGUCAAUUUCUGUAGAUAAUCAUGAAUCGGGUGAGUUCAUUCUUUUAUAUGUUUUCAAUUAUUAUUACUGACCGUAAAUAAUCUAUAUCGAAUUAUCGCUAUUCGGUAAAUAUGUCCACUUAAAUUAUACUUACCUUCAGAUGAUACAACAGUGCGGCUUGUUGAUGGGGCCACUCAUUACGAAGGCCCUAUCGAAGUGUACAUGAAUGAACGCUGGGGAUCAAUAUGUGAUGACUUCUUCGACACAAAUGCCGCAUCGGUAGUGUGCUGAACUUAAAUGUGUAAGCAAUUGUAACUCAUCGAUUUUAAAAGUCCUUGUUCUUUUAGAUGUACACAUUGGAAGUAUGUUUAUAUUUAUAUUCAUGUAUUAUUCUUUAUUAUUUGUUUAAGCACUGACGUCAUUAUUAUCAUUAUUAUAUCGGGUGCCUUCGAUCGAGAAUGAAAUGGUACUAUCGGACAUGAUCAAACACUGACGACUGUUUUCAUGGUGGACGGUGGGGGAGUGACAACUGUGAUAAUUUGCUUUUAUGCACCCUACUUGUUUUUUUGUAUCUAUGCAUUGCUUAAUACGUCAUAAAUUGAAAUCUAAUCGUUAACAAUAAGUAUAAAACUAUUUGUUUGUCAGGUUUGUUAAAAAGUAUUCCUUGUGUCAUUUUAUAAGUCUGUUUUUGUAAUCAGUGAUACAUUUGCAAUGUCAAAUUGUCCUUUUAGAUUCGACGGUCAUGAAAGAACAAAGUCGUGCAAAAUGCAUGUUCAGUCUUCACUUUACGCCACGAGCUAUUGGAGUGACCCUAAAGCUUCAGUCUACUGGAGGCCAAAAUAAUGCCAUUCAAAUAAUGAAUUACGACCGGUCAUUGCGUUUCUCAUUGUACUUAACCCCAAACUCAAUGAUGGUUGUUGUUUUUUGGUGAUGUAUCAUCACAGGCGGUAUGCUUUUAAAAACAUUCAACCCAGAACUAUAUCAUUUGUAACGUCACACGGGCAGAGUAAUGGACAAUCCCGAGAGUGCAUUUCAUCUCAAGAUAUCUCAUCUGUGCACGUCGUGCUGCUGCGAUUUGCGGAACCAGUCAUAUAAAUCACCCUGUAGGAUUCUCCAGUGAACAAACAAGAUUGAAUUCAGUGUCAAGAAGUGAUUUGAUUAGUUUGAGAUUUCAGUUUUAAAGAGCACGGAAUAAUAUGUAUUGCCUUUUAUUAUUUUUACUUUUUGUUUGCUCACAUUUUUCUGUUUUGUUUGAAUGAGUGAAAUUAGAUAUUUUUGCAUUUCUAAGUCUUACCUAUACAUAUAGGCUCUAUCUUUUGACAACUUGGAUUAUACGUUUUCUCUGGCACCAUUGAGCCCGAAUCAGUUACUGGCAAUGAAGCCAAAGGUCAUAUUCCAUCUGGCGUUGUAUGCAAUACCUCGCCAACAGUUAAGAACGCGUUGAUAGGUGGAGUUCAUACAAUUGUAGGUUUUAUUGAAUAUUAUUAUAAAGGUUGAAGAGUAGUAUCCGGUGAGUGGCAGUAAUUAUCUAGCAAUUGUUUUUUUUUUCAUUGCAUCUAUUUUAUCAUGGCAAUUGCAAAUGUUAUAUCAUAAUUUAAUAUGUGAAUGUUUGCCUUGAAUGUUCAAGAACAUUAAAAUGAAUCAUUCACAAGUUGUGUUUGUUUUUUUCAAAAAUACCAAAUUGUCUAAAAGUCCGCAAAUUCUCACGUUGGUUAUGGUCAAGUUAUUACGAAUUUUUAUUUUCAUUGAGAAAGCGACAUUAACUUAACUGUUGAUUAGUAUUAACUUUCUCUAGGUUCGUUAUUGUAUUUCUUUUUACUUGUCCUUUGAAUGUGUUCUUCCUGGCAAAAAAGUUUGGGACACCCUUGUUCAAAUUACUCUGUACAGUCUUUCUAUCAUUUGCAAGAUACCACAAUUGAAGAUAGCGAAUCAGGGAACGUUACAAAUGCUCAUGGAAAGCUUACCACGUACACAGCGGCCCCUGAAGCAGGGCCAACCAUAUGCAGUGCAUCCAUAGAAAAUGGGGC